ACCUCUGCUGCGGACCUGGUUGUUGUUGUUGUGGUCCGCCAAGUGAAUUUUAGCCAACUCUCUGAGAUCAAGAUUGAGAAAUAUCCGUAGACUGAGAUCAGAUCGGACUGCGGAAGAGGGGCCAACCAACCAGACGCGGAAGUAACAACCUUCAACUCCAGCCAUGGCCGCUGUGCUGCCGGAAAACGCGGCCGAGAUCGCGGUGGCCAAUGCAAUCAAUAACAUCAACGGGAAUGGAAAUGGGAACGGGCGCAAUCGGGUGCUACCUGGCGGAUUAGGUGGUGGUGGACAGAACAACAUGAUGAAUAUGCGGGAUCGACUGUUCCAUGCCAUAUACUUUCGGGCGGCGGCCACCUAUGCGGAGUUGGUUCCAAGGAAGGUGCAGUUGACCAUUGAGUUCCUGCUGCUGGCCAAGGCCUUGCUGUUCUUCUUCACGCUCAUCUACGUACACAACUCCUUCAUCAAGAAUCCCUGCACUUGCCUGCAGGAGGUUAAGAACUGGCCGCGCGAAGGCGUCAUCAGAGUGGAGAUCAUUCCUCACCUGGCGGAGAAGCGAGCAAUUUGGCAGGGAAUCAAGAGGGACCAAGAAAUAGUGCGCUCCCUAAAGGAUUCCUACUACUAUGGCAUUGGACCCCAAACUCGGCAAAAUCACGACACGCUUAAACGGUACGAGUCCAUUCUGGGAAAACUGGGUCUGCCCGUCCGACCAACCUUCGCUUACAGUAACGAAUCCCUGUAUUACUACUUUGAUGCCAUCAACAUCCUGGACACCUACGACCAUCCAAAUGCAAUUCAGCUCAAGAACGAAGAGGAUGAUGAAGAGCAGUACAUUGUGGAGUAUUCAUUGGAGUACGGCCACCUACGCUUGUCUUCAUCCACGCGAAAGCGUCUACGCAUACCCGUACUCACUGUUCAACUGGAUCCCAAUACGGACAAGUGCUUUGGGGACAGUUUAACGCGAUAUCUGCUCAAACGUUUGCUAGGCUAUGAUGACUUACUAAUGGCAUCCGUACGAACUAUAGCGGAGCAGGAGGAGAAUAAGGGCUACCUACGCAAUGUUAUAACCGGCGAACAUUAUCGCUUCGUCUCCAUGUGGUGGGCAGCCUGGAGCAGUUAUCCGGCUGCCUUCUGUGUGAUGUUACUAUUCACCUUCUCAGUGUCGAUGUUGCUGCGCUACUCACACCACCAGAUCUUUGUGUUUAUAGUCGACCUGCUGCAGAUGCUGGAGUACAAUGUGUCCGCCCGGUUCCCAAUCGCACCGUUGCUCACUGUCAUACUGGCGCUCGUAGGAAUGGAAGCCAUCAUGUCGGAGUUCUUUAAUGACACCACCACGGCCUUCUACAUCAUACUGAUUGUCUGGAUCGCGGAUCAAUACGAUGCCAUCUGCUGUCACACGAGCAUCACCAAGCGUCAUUGGCUCAGAUUCUUCUACCUGUACCAUUUUGCGUUCUAUGCGUAUCACUAUCGCUUCAGUGGACAGUACAGGACGCUGGCCCUGCUCUCCUCGUACCUAUUCACCCAGCACUCGAUGGUGUUCUUCUUUCAUCGCUUCGAGCUGCCAGCCAUCAUGGCCCAGCACCAGGUCUUCAUCAUAACACGCAACCAGGGAGCAGCAGCAGCAGCGGCUGCAGCGGCAGCGGGCGCGGACGGAGCAGAGGCAGCAGGAGGGGGCGCAGGAGCAGAUGCUGCAGCUGGAGGACAGCAAGAAGCUGGGGGGGCAGGAGCAGGCGGCAUCGGUGCUGGCCAGCAGGCGUCCAUGCAACGUGCCCGUCUCAUAGUCACUCGACUCUUCAGCCAACUUGCAGCACAGCGCCAGGGGCAGCAGCAGCAACAAAAUCAGCAGCAACCACGCCCGCCAGGACCCACCGCCGCCGUGGGCGUGGCCUUGGCCAACCUGAGAAGACUGCCCGUGGUGGGCCAGUGGCUGCAGGGCCGCGAGCAAUUCGCCACCGUGCGUCGCGUCUUCCUGGGACACGGCGGCAACGCAAGGCUGAUGCAGGUGCGUCUGCAGCGUAUUAACGUCGCUGACAUACCCGGCUUGCGCAACCAGGUGGCAGCGGCCAUGGCAGCAGCGGGGGCCGCCCAAAGGGGCCAGAGCGCAGCAACAGAUGAACCCACCAGCGGCGAUGUUGCAACUACAGAUGUGGCAGCAACAGCAGUAGCAGCCGCCGCGGCAGCAACGCCAGCAGCGAACGAAGCAGCAGAUGUCGAAACAAAUCAGGGACGCAAGCAGCCGACAACAUCGAGCAUAAAUGAUGCAGUAGCAACGGGAGCGGAAGGAGCUCAGGACAAGCCCGGCCAGGAGAAAGUGGAGGUGGUGGAGCAUUAUGGGCAAGAAAAGCUACAGCAUGGCGAUGGGGAUGGGGAUGGGCAAAUAGCGGGCAUGUCCAAGACGCUGGAAAAUCUAAAUUUCGUUGCGGCGGAUAUUAUAAAUAUGUCGGAUGAAACUACUGUAGCAGCAUCGCCCCCAACGGACGGCACUCAACAACCAGAUCAGACCCUGAUCCACACCCACGUCCAUGUCCAUCAGACUCAGCCAAAGGCGAGGCAAUUAGAAAAUAAUUUGCCAGAGUUGCUGAAAGCUGAGGGGGCAUCCGCAGCAACGGCAUCAGGUGAAAAGCAAAGCUGCCCACUACAAGCACCCAGCAUUAUGAAUGACCAGCAGCAGCAGCAGCAGCAGAGGCAGAAAAACAAACCGGACGAGCCCGCGACAGCAACGGUAGCAACAUCAGCAGUUGCCACGUCAAAACAAUCCUCUGGGCGAGGAGCAACAGAGGUAGGAGCGGCGGGAGGAGCCGAGGCAGCAGCCAGGCCAAUGAUGGAUGACAGGCAAACAGUUGAUUUUAUAGAAGGCGACAGCCCAACGUCAGCAGCAAAUUGCCAACUCAAUGCUGGCACAAACCACAAGGCACAGGAGCAGCAGCUAAUGAAAACUUCACAACAUACAUCAAACCAAGUGACAACUACAGCAGCAGCAACAGGAGGAGCAGCAGCAGCAGGAACACCAGCAACGGGAGCAACAGCGGCAAUGGGAACAGCAGAAACAUCAGUAGAAUAAGCACGGCAUUAGUGGCGAGCCUCCAGAAACGUACACAACACAAACCCAAUUCCGAAUCCGAAUCCGAACUCAAGCCCAAACCAACCGAAAGUAGCUACCCACAUAACAAGAUGUUAUACAUAAAGGAGCUAGUAAAUUUUAGAUAAUUUGUCUGGUGUACUUAUGUCCGGAGAUCAACCACGACUCACGACGCCCCCGCUCCGAUUCGAAUGUGUGCUUUUGCCGUGUGAAUGUGUCUGGGUUGGAUGGGUGGUAGAUGGAUGGAUGGAUGGAUGGAUAGCUGAAUGGAUGUAUGGUUAGCUGGGUAUAUGGUAGAUUUCCGAGUGGGGGAGCUUAGUGGGUGUGAGGACGUGUUUGAGCUUCGACCAGGAAAGGAGUGACGGAAACGCGUAGUUGACCUGCUUGCACCUGCAGGUAAAAGUCAGGAUAUACAUACAUAUACAUAUAUAUUAAUAAUGUUGCACGGCUUUUUAAUUAGCCAAAUACGUGAGAAGCAGCCACACAUGUACGGAUACACACAUACAAGCUAGUCGCGUUUUAAACUUAACUUUUUUUGCCCAUCCUUGUUUGCCCCUUUAUUGAGAAAAAUGCGUUGAACAUUUUUAAUUAACUUUCCGUUCCGAGCUGCCUUCAACCCACGAAGCGCCAGCCGCCUCAUCGUUUAGGACUCCGCCUCCGAAACCGGACGGACAAACAGCCGUAAGCCCUUCCGGCCGAUAACCAAGCCCGAUCCGAAGCCCAAGCCGAUGCCUCCGCUGAUGCUUCUACUGUUUGCCCAAGCUCUUUGCUUUAGCUUUAUGGAAUACCAUAGGAUUGUCAACUGUAAUAUAUUUUGUUUGUCGAAACAUCAUUUUAACAAAAAAGAAAGAAAAAACGGGCCGAAAAAAGCCAUCACAAAGGAAACACACUGUGAAUAUUCAUGAGAAAUUGUCGUUGAACGUUUGCCUGUUGUUGGCCAAAAAAAAAAAAA